GGCGGCACAUUAAAUGCUAAACAUGUAAGCAAAAGGUAUUUCAUAAAAAAUCAAAUUGUAUCGUUUUAAGCAACUCUUGAAAGUUUGCUGCUUGUUUUGAAUUAAGUAAAAAUCAAAUAUUAAAAUGCCUGAGAAGCCAAGCCCAUCAAAGACAAGCCCCACCGCCCCAAAGCCUGUGAGUGGUGUCAAGGAUGCGAAGCCCAAGGAUGCGAGACCCAAGCCACCUCAGCCGGUGUUGCGAACUCCACCGACUAUCACACACGACAGGAUCUGGAAGAUAAUGAAAAUGUAGCGUGAAAUAGCAGCAAGAUGGCAAGUUAAGUAACGAGUAGUUUUCACAUACCGGAAGUGUGGAACAAACAAAUUUUUAUUUACCUUCUUGUAUUUUUAAGAUGCUAUUAAAUACGAAUUGCCGUUAGAA